CCUUUACGUUGUGCUUAUGUUAUGUUAUGCAUUUCAUGUGCGAGGCUCUUUAUGCGCUGAAGGUUAGGUUAGAUUUGAUAGCAGUGUAUGUAGGUGAACAGUUAAAGUGGAUAAAUGAUAAAAAGCACAUGAAAACUUUAUCCAGUUAAUUAAAUAUUUAUUUCUUGAUAGUAAAAUGUACGCUUUGAUUCACAAAACAGAAAAUGCCCAUGAAGAUAGUAUAUGGACUUGUGGCUGGGGCUGUCCAAAGAAAAAGAAGGAUCUUUCCCUAGAUAAUGACGAUUCACGGGAUUCUAUACCAUUUAAUGAAGAGAUUGUGGAAUAUUUGGUAACAGCUUCUGUUGAUGAUUCUGUGAAAGUAUGGGAGCUAAGGGAUAAUUCUUUGAAGUUGAAACACAAGUUAACUGGACAUUCCUUGGGAGUUGUGUCCAUAGCUAUUAGUUCGGAUGGAUCAAAAUGUGCCUCCAGCUCACUCGACUCGAGUCUGAAAUUGUGGGACUUGCACUCUGGUGAUAAGCUAUUAAAUAUUGAGGUUGGCCCGGUAGACAUUUGGACUUUAGUCUUUUCUCCCGAUGAUAAAUUCAUCGUAUCUGGUAGCCAGGCUGGUAAAAUACAUUUAUAUGGAACUGACAAUGGUAAACAGGAACAGACGUUAGAUACGAGAGGUGGGAAAUUUACAUUAAGUGUUGCUUAUAGCCCUGAUGGUAAAUAUAUUGCAAGCGGCGCAAUAGAUGGUAUUAUCAAUAUCUUUGACGUUGCCUAUGGAAAAGUUUUGCGUACAUUAGAAGGUCACGCGAUGCCAAUCAGAUCUUUAUGUUUUUCUCCUGACUCUCAGUUGCUUCUUACAGCAUCUGAUGAUGGACAUAUGAAACUAUACGAUGUUAAAGAUGCAAAUUUAGCGGGAACAAUGUCGGGUCAUGCUUCUUGGGUACUUGGCGUGGCCUUCUCACCAGACGGACAGCAAUUUGCAUCGAGCAGCUCUGACCAUACGGUCAAGAUCUGGGAACUAGCGCAGAGACAGUGUCUGCAUACAUUUCGUGAACAUAAGGAUCAAGUAUGGUCGGUCAAGUAUAAUCCACAGCGAAAUAACAUAAUUGCGUCAGUAUCCGAGGAUAAGUCUAUUAAUUUAUUUGAAUGUCCUACUUAUGAUAAAUAAUUGCGCACAAAGAAUCAAUAAAAAUUUUUUAUCUGCUA